CCCUGCGCGAGGCACAGAGGGAGCGUACAGAGGUUUUCGGUCCGCGCGAGCUGCUCCUCGGACUGUCCCGCGCGCGCGAGGCUCGCGGAUCUUCUGCUGGGAGGAGGAGGAAAGUUUCUCCACCGGGCGCGCGCAGGACAUCGUGUUUAUAACGAAGUGUCCAACUUCUCCGUCUGCUGAGAAGACCAGGAUGUAAACACCUUCACUCAGGCACUCUCUGGUCAGGAUGAGCGGCGGGAAGAAGCGGAGCGGUUUCCAAAUCACCAGUGUCACCUCUGACUACAACCAGCCCGUGGGGGACAGCUCCGGCCCCAAAGUGCCCGUCAGUCCUGAAACUGCUGCUUCCCCAUUGAUGAGCAAUGGGGCUCAGAAAGACUCUGGAGACCAGACCACGCCCACUACAGCUAUGCUAAAUGGCCCCGCCUUCAGCCACGCUCUAAGCCCCACCCUCCAGACAUACCAGACUUCGAGCCAGCCCAGCACUCCCGUCACCAUGCGGAAGCAGAGCUCAUUAGACCAGACGGGCGCCGGGGGCGGAGCCUCGCGGUUCCGCGUGGUGCGGCUGGGCCAGGGUCUGGGCGAGCCAUACAAGCGGGGCCGCUGGACGUGUGUGGACGUGAUGGAGCGCGAGGCGGAGGAACGCGGGCUCCGUAGGGUGAUUGACAGCAUGAGGCACGCCCACUCGCUGGAGUCCCUGGAGACAGUGGGGCUGGGCGGGUCUGAGGGCCCGGUGGGCGGGGCUGUGCUGAAGCCGCUGGGCGUGCGAGGGCUGAGAGCAGGUCACAUGGUACACUCCCAGGGAACCACCCACCAGCUGGCCGGAUACAGAGUGGACGCUGCCCAUAGUGGGCCACCGUCACCCACACACACACCUAUGUACCACGACACACACCUCCUCUCACCACCGCCGCUCACGCCCAACACACCCCGCUCCCGAAAAAUACCCCCACCACUGCGCCUCGACAUGGACGCAACGGGAAAGUUCCGAGCGACGCGCUCCCAGCCAGCGUCCCCCGGACCCCACACCGCUCGAGACGGACCGUUCCACCCGACCCUCACGCCAAUCCAGACCCCUUCAGCCCUGGCCCUGGCUCAGUCCAUGUUCGGAGUGGGAGGGGCCUUCGAGCUGGUCAGCGAUGAGAGUGGAUCCAGUGGCAGCAUGAUCGCCAUUGACAACAAGAUCGAGCAGGCCAUGGACCUGGUGAAAGCCCACCUGAUGCUGGCGGUGAGAGAGGAGGUGGAAGUUCUGCGGGAGCAGAUAAAGGAGCUGUCUGAGAGGAACGCUCAGUUAGAGAGAGAGAACUACAUCCUGCGUGCCCUUAAGGACCCACACUGAGGCAUGAUGGGAAAUGGAGUCUUUACUACAGACGGCCUGCAGUUAAAAGAAUGGAGAGACUACAAGAGAAGACUGUUAAAGGACUCUGAGAGCAGAGAACUGUAGAGUGAUAUUCACUGUUCACAGUGCCACACACACACAUAUACUGACACACACAUAUACACAAACACACACACUCUCACAUAUACACACACAUACACAUAUACACAAACACACACAGGCAUACAUACACACACACAUACUGUCA